GUGUCACGUGAGUGCGCAGGCGCAGUACUUUCCUGCCCGCUCCCUCACACAAAGCCCAGAAGCGGAGAAAAUGGCGGCAGGGGUGGAAGCGGCUGUGGAGGUGGCGGCGACUGAAUCCAAAAUGGAGGAGGAGGGCGGUGCGCCUGGAAUAGUAAGCGGGAACGGGACUCCGACCCCCAAAAGUGAAGGUGAACGAUCAAGUCAAAAUGAGAAGAGGAAGGAGAAAAAUGUGAAAAGAGGAGGGAAUCGAUUUGAACCCUAUGCCAACCCUACUAAAAGAUACAGAGCCUUCAUUACAAAUAUACCAUUUGAUGUGAAAUGGCAGUCCCUUAAAGACCUGGUCAAAGAAAAAGUUGGUGAGGUAACAUACGUGGAGCUCUUAAUGGACGCUGAAGGAAAGUCAAGGGGAUGCGCUGUUGUUGAAUUCAAGAUGGAAGAAAGCAUGAAAAAAGCUGCUGAAGUUUUGAACAAGCAUAGUCUGAGUGGAAGACCUCUGAAAGUCAAAGAAGAUCCUGAUGGCGAACAUGCCAGGAGAGCAAUGCAAAAGGUGAUGGCUACAACUGGUGGGAUGGGUAUGGGACCAGGUGGCCCAGGAAUGAUUAAUAUCCCACCCAGUAUCCUAAAUAAUCCUAACAUCCCAAAUGAGAUUAUCCAUGCAUUACAGGCCGGAAGACUUGGAAGCACAGUAUUUGUAGCGAAUCUGGAUUAUAAAGUUGGCUGGAAGAAACUGAAGGAAGUGUUCUGUAUGGCUGGCGUAGUGGUUAGAGCAGACAUUCUUGAAGAUAAAGACGGGAAAAGUCGUGGAAUCGGAACUGUUACUUUUGAACAGUCAAUUGAAGCAGUUCAGGCUAUAUCAAUGUUCAAUGGCCAGCUGCUGUUCGACAGACCAAUGCAUGUGAAGAUGGAUGAGAGGGCCUUGCCAAAGGGUGACUUUUUCCCUCCCGAGCGCCCCCAACAACUCCCUCAUGGACUUGGUGGCAUUGGCAUGGGGCUAGGACCAGGAGGACAGCCCAUUGAUGCUAAUCAUCUGAACAAAGGCAUAGGAAUGGGCAACAUAGGACCUGCAGGAAUGGGAAUGGAAGGCAUGGGAUUUGGAAUAAACAAAAUGGGAGGCAUGGAGGGCCCCUUUGGUGGUGGCGGCAUGGAAAACAUGGGUCGGUUUGGAUCUGGCAUGAACAUGGGCCGAAUGAGUGAAAUGGAUCGAGGAAUGGGUGGAGGAUUUGAGAGAGACUUUGCUCGGAAUGAGAUGGGAAUGGCUCGGAGUUUUGGAGAACCUCUUGGCAGGGGAAUGGGUGGUGGUGGUGGCAGUGUACCAGGAAUCGAGAGGAUGGGCCCUGGGAUUGACCGCAUAGGUGGUGCUGGGAUGGAAAGAAUGGGUUCUGGCCUAGGCCAUGGAAUGGAUAGAGUAGGGUCCGAGAUGGAGAGAAUGGGCCUUGUCAUGGAUCGUAUGGGGUCAACUGUAGAGAGAAUGGGGUCAGGAAUAGAACGAAUGGGUCCUCUUGGCAUAGACCACAUGACUACAAGCAUUGAAAGGAUGGGCCAAACCAUGGAUAGGAUAGGUUCAGGUGUAGAGAGAAUGGGGGCUGGCAUGGGUUUUGGUAUUGAGAGAAUGGCUGCUCCUAUAGAUCGGGUUGGCUCAACUAUAGAGAGGAUGGGAUCAGGUGUGGAUCGCAUGGGCACCACCAUGGAUCGCAUGGGUCUAAGUAUGGAUCGUAUGGUGCCUGCUGGCAUGGGAACUGGCAUAGAUCGCAUGGGCCCAGUUAUGGAUCGAAUGUCUACUGGUUUGGACCGUAUGGGUGCCAAUAACAUGGAGCGCAUGGGAUUGGACCGUAUGGGUGCCAAUAACAUAGAGCGCAUGGGAUUGGACCGUAUGGGUGCCAACAACAUAGAGAGAAUGGGUCCCACUAUGGGUCCAGCCCUAGGUUCUGGAAUGGAGCGCAUGGGACUUGCCAUGGGAGGUAGCUUUGACAGAGCUAUGGAAAUGGAUAGGGGAAAUUUUGGAGGCAGUUUUGCAGGGUCUUUUGGAGGUGCUGGUGGCCACGUACCUGGGGUUGCUCGAAAAGCCUGCCAGAUAUUUGUGAGAAAUCUUCCUUUUGACUUUACAUGGAAAAUGCUAAAAGACAAAUUCAAUGAAUGUGGCCAUGUGUUGUAUGCAGACAUCAAGAUGGAGAAUGGCAAAUCCAAGGGUUGUGGCGUGGUUAAGUUUGAGUCCCCAGAGGUGGCAGAGAGAGCCUGCCGGAUGAUGAAUGGGAUAAAACUCAGUGGCAGAGAGAUUGAUGUGCGAAUUGAUAGAAAUGCUUAAGCAGUUGCCUUUUUUUAACAUCAAUACCAGACUUCCAAAUUUGUAUUUUGUUUUCCUUGUUAACCAUUUUAAUUUGUUGGCUGGAUGUAUAAAGAUGUUAAAAUUCAGUUGCUUUCUGGGGUGAUUUUAAUUACUUUUUUAAUGACUGGGAUUCCAUUUGACUGUUUGCAUUGAGAUUGCAAUGUACGCAAUUUUUUUUUGUAGUUGUGGCAUCUUGUUGACAUUAUGACUUUGAUAAUAAAUACCAGUUACUGAAAGCCUCUUAA